CACUAAUCACUAGUUAUUAGUUGCCUAAUUCCUAAACUAUCGUGCGCUCUUGCAGUCAAUCGUUUCGUCACAUCGAAUAUUUCGUGUCAGUUGUGUUGUGAAACCAAAAACACAGUCCACAGCUGCAACUGAUAACGUUACGAUAUAGCACUUUCUAUUAUUCGGAUCGACUGUGUUAUUGUAGCGCAAUAUUAUUGUGAUUGUCUAUCAAUUUCGUUCCGAAAUUAAUUACGAUCAUCGAUGAAAAGUGAGAGCUCUGCAGUCUCCGAUUUAAUCUGUACGUCAAAGUGCAUCACACACUCUUCACCAGGAGGCAACUACUGAACGAGUCAGUGAUUCGUAGAAGGAUAUCGGAAACUGUACGAGGCUUCGAGGACAAGCAUCAAAUCAAUUACUGGUCAGACAACAGACGAUUAAACAAACCAUUUCGCUGCCAGUAAUUGUAUUGUUGCCCGUUUUUGUCGUUUUGUAAACAAGCUAGGUUGACAGGUCUGACUAGUUGGCUCAUCGCCCGGUUGUUAUAAUCAAGAAAUAAUGACUAAUCAAAAAGAAAUGGAUAAUGAAGACUGGAAAGAAAAAUACAAAGCACUGGAAAAAGAGUAUGAUGAUUUUCGAGAACAGUCUCAGUCACUGGAACGUGAAUUGGAAAUGGAUGUUGAGGUUCUGGAGAAAAACAACAAAGAGCUAAAAUCAAAAAACAAUCAAUUACAAUUUGAUCUCGAUACAUCAAGGACUAAAAAUCGUGAAGAGCAGCAAAAUCUAAUGAACCAAAUACAUAGUUUACAAGAGGAGGCUAUUCAUUUUCACGAAAGAGAAACAAACUAUGUAAAAUACAUCAGAGAGUUGGAACAGAAAACUGAAGACUUAGAAAAAUCACAAAGAGAAACUUGUGCAUCUUUAGGAGAUUUUGAAACUAAAAUGAAUGAUGCAAUUGAACGAAACGCACUCCUUGAAGUAGAACUUGAUGAAAAAGAAAGUUUGCAAGCUAUGGUUCAAAGGUUAAAAGAUGAAAUUAGCGAAUUAAAGCAAGAAAUUCAAAGUAAAGAGCGCAAAUUAAAUCCUGAAAUGAAUGAAUCUCAAGCUGCGGCUGCAGUCAGGCGGUGUAGCAGUUUUAGAGCAGCGGUAGACAAUAGACUGUCAUCUUCAGCAGAUAACACACCAAAAAGUCAUACAAAAAGUUUAAGUGGAACUGUUGUAUUUCAUUCACCACCUACCAAGUUAGCUAGAGUUGGUGAUAUCGUUGGAGAUCUGAUGAGAAAAGUAAAUGUUCUCGAACUCAAACUAGUGGAAGCCAAGCAAAUGAAUGUUGCUAAAACUCAAAAUUGCCCAUUCUAACAAAACGCUUUAUGGCAAACCACUCAAAUGGUUGGCCUUCUGUAGCUGAAUUCUGUGUAUUUUUUAUGCUGCUGAGAAUCCUCAAGUCUUAUAUGUGUAUCUGCUCUCUGAAAUGCAUUAUCCUAUUGACCUAGGGGGACUGUUUCGUAUGUUCAUAUCUCUAAAAUACUAUUUCCCAGUUUCCCAAUGACACAUUUUAAAUGUUAUAAUGUUUCACGACAAAUGCAAUGUAAAGUAUCUUUUUAAUUAAUAUUUUUUUAUUUAAUUAUAAAUUAUUUAUAUACAUGAUAUAAGUACAUAAUUACAUUACAAAAAAACUUAUGACAAAAAGUUUUUAUUUUAAUUUUAUUUACUUAUAGAUUAGUAUUAAAUAAGGCCUUAACAACGAAACAUGGACCCUUCUUUUGUAGAAAGACAGACAAUAAUAUGUUUGUACAAAUAUUUAUGAUAUUAUGCACAUAAGAUUAUUUUUAAAUCACAUAUGUUUAUGUAUAAAACAAUAAUGUAUUACAAAAAUAUAUUUACCCAAUAAAAAAAAAUGUAUAUAUUAAAGAGAAAAAAUUGUAUAAAUGAAAA